AUGGACGAUAUUUCGGCCACCGAGUCGCAGUGGCUGUCGCAGCUGGCAGCCAUGCGCCAGGCUAUCGCCGAUCUGAAGCUACCCCAAGAGCUUCCGCAGGAACCCAUCGGAUAUGGAAGUGAUAUUGAUUUGGAUUUUGACGACGACUACUCCUCUCCUGGAACCGUUGAUGAUGUCUGGGAUAUCAUCAGCUCCGACGAUGAAACCUCCGACGACAUAGACGAGCUCGACCGAACCGACGAAUUCCCUAUGGAACAAGAAUCCAUGUACAACCGUUUAUGGCUGGAAGACAAGUGUCAGGACCUGGCUAUUCGGAAUUCCGGCAUAGACGCAGCAGAGUUAUCCCAGCAAAUUAUCGCCACGUUGGCCGCUGACAGCAAUGAUGAGGAGCUACAAAUGUCUUUGGCUGAAAUUGUUGGAUUCGAUGAUCUGGAUCUGGUCAUUGAACUUAUCGGUCACAGAGGGGAGCUCUUGUCUGACAAAGGGCCUCGCUUGGAAUCUCAAACAGAUGGACUUGCGGCUGGACGGCUUCAAACCAGAGCGGAGAGAGAACAUGCCCUGUGGCAACGUGACUUCGAACACAAGAACGCAGCGUUGAUGCCAGCUCAGAGCCGGUCAGAACCUGCUUAUCCACAUGUUUUCAAGCAGCACACAUCCGGAAAUCUUCUUUCUGCCAGUGGGAAGAAAUAUGGCUUGCCUCUGGGUAGCAAGCAGAUUGAGGAACCAAAUUACACCGAGUACGAGAUCCCGGCUGGGAAAGUUGGAACUCUAGGGAAAGGCCAGAAGUUGGUUGAGAUCGCCAGCAUGGAUGGCCUGUGUCGUGGUACCUUUAAGGGCUACAAAACUCUGAAUCGUAUGCAGAGCUUGCUUUACGAUGUAGCUUAUAAAACCAACGAGAACAUGCUGAUUUGUGCCCCAACCGGUGCCGGUAAAACUGAUGCGGCUAUGUUGACUGUUCUCAGUGUGAUUGCGAAGAACACCACUCCCAAUCCACUGGAGAACCCAGAGGCAACCGAGUUCACAGUCCAAGUUGACGACUUCAAAAUUGUUUACGUGGCUCCAAUGAAGGCUUUGGCCGCCGAAGUAACGGAGAAGCUAGGAAAGCGGCUCGCUUGGCUAGGUGUCAAGGUCCGCGAACUGACUGGUGACAUGCAGUUGACCAAGCGGGAGAUUGUUGACACCCAAAUUAUUGUUACCACCCCUGAGAAAUGGGAUGUUGUGACACGGAAAAGCACCGGAGAUACUGAACUUGUCCAGAAGGUUCGCCUUCUCAUCAUUGAUGAAGUUCACAUGUUGCAUGAUGAGCGAGGAGCGGUCAUUGAAUCUUUGGUCGCUCGAACCCAACGUCAGGUUGAGAGCACCCAGUCUUUGAUUCGUAUCGUGGGUCUAUCAGCUACACUUCCGAAUUACACCGAUGUUGCCGAUUUUUUGAAAGUUAACAAAAUGGCUGGCAUGUUCUUCUUUGACUCCUCAUUCCGACCAGUGCCUCUAGAGCAACAUUUCAUCGGUGUCAAAGGAAAGCCAGGUUCUAAGCAGUCUCGGGAAAACAUCGAUACUGUUGCGUAUGAAAAAGUUCGCGACAUGUUGGAAAGAGGUCACCAAGUCAUGGUUUUCGUGCAUUCCCGCAAGGAUACUGUCAUGACCGCUAGAAUGCUCAAGCAGCUGGCUGCCGAGGAGGGCCGGGAAGACUUGUUUAGCUGCCAUGAUCACGAAAAUUAUUCCAACGCCCUUCGUGACAUGAAACAUGCGCGUGCACGUGAAUUACGAGAUCUAUUUGCGAGUGGCUUUGGAACCCAUCAUGCUGGUAUGACUCGUAGCGAUCGGAAUUUGAUGGAGCGGAUGUUUUCAGAGGGUUUGAUUAAGGUCCUUUGCUGUACUGCAACAUUGGCAUGGGGUGUUAAUCUUCCGGCUGCUGCUGUAGUCAUCAAGGGUACCCAGCUGUACAACCCUCAAGAGGGUAAAUUCAUCGACCUGAGCAUUCUGGAUGUCAUGCAGAUCUUUGGCCGUGCAGGCCGUCCUCAAUUCCAAGACACUGGUAUCGGCUUCAUUUGUACCACCCACGACAAGCUGAAUCACUAUUUGUCUGCCGUCACUGCACAGCAGCCAAUCGAGUCUCGCUUCUCUAGUCGACUCGUGGAUAACUUGAACGCUGAGAUCUCUCUGGGAACAGUUACAUCGGUUCCUGAGGCAGUGCAAUGGCUCGGAUACUCAUACCUCUUUGUGCGUAUGAAGCGCGAACCACGCAACUAUGGUAUCGAAUAUGCUGAGCUACGUGAUGACCCGAUGCUGGUUCAACGGCGUCGGCAGUUGAUCGUCCAAGCGGCGCAGGUACUACAGAAGAGCCAGAUGAUCAUCUUCAACGACAAAACAGAGGAUCUGAAAGCCAAGGAUGUUGGCCGCAUUGCGAGUCAGUAUUAUGUUCUGCAGACCAGUGUCGAGAUCUUCAACGAGAUGAUGCGUCCUCGCUCUGGCGAAGCUGACGUCCUCAAGAUGAUCAGUAUGAGUGGUGAAUUCGACAACAUUCAAUCCAGAGACAGCGAGUCGAAGGAGCUGCAGAGACUGAGGGAUGAAGUUGCUCAAACAGAAGUAGCAGGAGGCAAUGACACGCCACAUGCGAAAACGAACCUCUUGCUGCAAGCUUACAUCUCUCGUGCCAAGAUCGAGGAUUUCGCAUUGGCAUCAGACACUGGAUACGUCGCGCAAAACGCUGCUCGUAUCUGCCGCGCGCUUUUCAUGAUUGCAUUGAAUCGUCGCUGGGGUUAUCAAUGUCAGGUUCUUUUGUCUCUUUGCAAAUCAAUCGAGAAACAAAUUUGGCCAUUCGAUCACCCGUUCAGGCAGUUUGAUUUGCCCCAGCCCAUCCUCCGGAACCUAGACGACAAGUUGCCUACUACAUCCAUUGAAUCGAUGAAAGAAAUGGAACCUGCUGAAAUCGGACAGCUUGUUCAUAACCAGCGAAUGGGGAACACUCUGUCGAAGCUCUUGGACAAUUUCCCUACCCUUAGUGUUGAGACUGAGAUUGCUCCUCUCAACCGCGACGUUCUUCGCAUUCGCUUAUCCAUCUAUCCAGAGUUCACUUGGAAUGACCGCCAUCAUGGCGCUUCGGAGUCUUUCUGGGUCUGGGUUGAAAACUCGGAGACAUCAGAAAUCUACCACCACGAGUACUUUAUCCUCAGCCGAAAGAAGCUUUAUGAUGACCAUGAGCUUAACUUCACCAUUCCGCUAUCGGACCCACUCCCAAGCCAAAUCUACAUUCGCCUGAUUUCCGAUCGUUGGCUCGGCGCUGAGACUGUUACCCCUGUUUCAUUCCAGCAUCUCAUUCGUCCAGACACAGAGAGUGUGUAUACUGACCUCCUCAACCUUCAACCAUUGCCCAUUUCAGCUUUGAAGAAUCCUAUUCUUGAAGAAGUGUAUGGCGAGCGUUUCCAAUUCUUCAACCCCAUGCAGACGCAGAUCUUCCACUUACUUUACCACACACCGGCCAACGUUCUCCUUGGUUCUCCCACCGGUAGUGGAAAGACCGUGGCCGCCGAGUUGGCUAUGUGGUGGGCCUUCCGUGAGAAGCCCGGCUCUAAGGUCGUUUAUAUUGCACCAAUGAAAGCUCUUGUUCGGGAGCGAGUAAAGGAUUGGCGCAAACGUCUGACCGGACCAAUGGGGCUGAAGCUUGUUGAGUUGACUGGUGAUAACACUCCUGAUACACGUACUAUCCGCGAUGCUGAUAUCAUCAUCACUACGCCUGAGAAGUGGGAUGGUAUCUCGCGUAGUUGGCAGACUCGUGACUACGUCAGGAAGGUCAGCCUCGUCAUCAUUGAUGAGAUUCACUUGCUAGGUGGAGACCGUGGUCCAAUUUUGGAGAUCAUUGUCUCCCGAAUGAACUACAUUGCUUCGCAAUCAAAGGGAUCCGUUCGUCUCAUGGGCAUGUCCACUGCGUGUGCAAAUGCCAGUGAUCUGGCCAACUGGCUUGGUGUUAAAGAGGGUCUCUACAACUUCCGCCAUUCCGUUCGUCCUGUCCCCCUUGAGAUCUUCAUCGACGGAUUCCCUGAGCAGCGCGGAUUCUGUCCUCUUAUGCAGUCAAUGAAUCGCCCGACAUUCCUCGCCAUCAAGAACCACUCUCCGGAGAAGCCUGUCAUUGUCUUUGUUGCAUCCCGUCGGCAGACUCGUCUCACUGCCAAGGAUUUAAUCAAUUACUGUGGCAUGGAGGACAACCCUCGUCGUUUCGUGCGCAUGUCCGAAGAUGACCUUGAAUUGAACCUUGCACGCGUGAAGGAUGAUGCUCUCAGAGAAGCCCUAAACUUUGGCAUUGGAUUGCAUCACGCUGGUUUGGUCGAAUCUGAUCGUCAAUUGGCAGAGGAACUCUUUGCCAACAACAAGAUCCAGAUCCUUGUGGCCACCAGUACUCUUGCAUGGGGUGUCAACCUUCCCGCGCAUCUUGUCGUUGUCAAGGGCACACAGUUCUUUGACGCAAAGAUUGAGGGCUAUCGUGAUAUGGACUUGACUGACGUUCUGCAAAUGUUGGGACGUGCCGGUCGUCCACAGUUCGAUACUUCUGGUAUCGCCCGCAUUUUCACCCAGGACUCCAAGAAGGCGUUCUAUAAGCACUUCCUUCACACUGGUUUCCCGGUCGAGUCCACCCUCCAUAAGGUUCUGGACAACCACUUGGGUGCUGAAGUAUCUGCUGGAACCAUUGGUACACAACAGGACGCAUUGGACUAUUUGACCUGGACUUUCUUUUUCCGCCGUCUUCACAAGAAUCCAUCGUAUUACGGCCUGGAGAUCUCAGCGGAGGAACAAAACACCAUGGCAGCUCAAGCGACUGCACAGGAGUUCAUGAUCGAGCUGGUUGGCAAAUCACUUAACGACCUCGCUGAGUCGUCCUGUGUUCUCGUCGACUCGGCCACUGGUGAGGUUGAUUCUACGCCAUUUGGCAAGAUCAUGAGUUACUACUAUCUAUCCCACAAGACGAUUCGGCACCUCGUGUCCCACGCCAAACGUGAGCCGACCUUCCAAGAUGUUCUGAGCUGGAUGUGUUCUGCAACUGAAUUUGACGAACUGCCUGUCCGGCAUAAUGAAGACUUGAUCAAUGCGGAACUCGCGCAGAACUUGCCUCUUUCCAUCGACUGUAUGGGCGAUAAGCCUCUGUGGGAUCCGCACACUAAGGCUUUCCUGCUCCUGCAGGCUUACAUGUCUCGCAUUGACCUUCCGAUCACGGAUUACGUUGGUGAUCAAACAUCUGUUCUCGACCAGGGAAUUCGUAUCAUCCAGGCGUCUAUCGACGUCAUGGCCGAGCUUGGAUAUCUGCCUGCUUGUCAGAUGUUGAUGACACUUCUUCAAUGUAUCAAGUCAGCCCGCUGGCCUGAAGACCACCCUCUGUCCAUUAUGCCGGGCAUUGGAACUGAGAAGCCACCACAGGGUCUUCCAGGAACUUUAGCCUCGCUUUCCUCGCAGUCUAACGGUGCAGUUGUCGCUCUUGUCAAGAAGUUGCAGCUCCCUUACAACUUUACUCGUGCUGCCUCCCAACUUCCUCAAUUGUCUGUCUCGAUCUCGGGCAUAUCUGAAAAGGGCAUUACUGUGUCACUAGCUCGACGCAAUGCCCCUGCAAAUCCCGAAUGCCGAAUUUACGCGCCCCGCUUCCCCAAGCCACAGACCGAAGGCUUCUUCUUGAUUGUCUGUAGUGUGACACCGAAUGGCGGUGAUGGCGAGCUCCUUGGAUUGAAGCGAGUGUCCUGGCCUCCAGUUGCCAAGCGCAAUGGAAAUGGCAAGGGGAAGGGCAAGCCUCACUCCGAUGCGGGACCUAGCCGCGGUGGACCUUCAAACGACAAGAAUAACGGUGGACUAACAGUUCGCUCAUCUGUUAAAUUCCCCGAAGGUAUUCUCGCACAAUCUUCCUCGGCGACUACUGCCAAUAAGGCCCGUGUCAACAUCAAGGUCAUCAGUGACUCAUACGUCGGAAUGGUUUGGACUGUUUCCAACGUGGAAGUGGAUAUCAACAGUGCCAUUGAGACUCAGCUCGUCACCGAGCCAAGCGCUCCUGCUAAGGAAUAA